AAUAAAAAAUAAAAAUCCUAUUGCUACUUCUCUCCGGUGCUCCCGGUUAGGGUUCUUCAGUUUAGGGUUGUUUCGGCUUUUUUUUAAUCGGCAACAUUUCCCAAGGACGCAAGUAUGGGGCCAGCAAUCGGGGCCAGAACUCCAUUCUCAUGGAACCAGUUAAUUAGUAUGACCGAUCAUUUUAGCGAUCAUAAUUUGGUUGGAAAAACUAAGAAUUUUGAAGUAUUUAGAGGUGAAAUUCCACAACUGGAAGGCAAAGAAUCAGAGGUAGAACACGUUACAGUGAAAGUUUGGAAUGAUAUUCUUAAUGUCGAGGAGAAACAUCAAAGAUUGAAGGUAGAGAGGACGUUGUUGGCUCAUCCAAGCGUGAUAAAUUGUCCAAACAUCGUCAAGUUAAUGGGAUAUUGCUGUGAGGAUGAGCAUGUUGCUGCAGUUUAUAGGCUUAACUCUGUGUCUACGCUAGAAGAUAUACUGGAUGAAGAUCAUUUCCAGUGGCGUGACAGAAUACUCACAGCACUUGGGCUUGCACGUCUUUUUGAGUUCUUUCUUUGUUCGGAGAUGCGUCAUCUGAUCCAUGCUGUGCAACCUCCUGCUAUAAUACUUGACCAGGAAACAACACCAGUUCUGUAUGACUUUGGAUUGUUGAAUGAUGAAAUUGUCCAACUUGGAGAAGGGGCUGAUGAUGUGUUGACGGGAUGUGCGCUCUCAUCUUGUGAAGAUUUUGGGACACUGAGGACAGGACCAAGGGGUGAAGAUGGUACCUUGUCAUUUGCUAUAUUGCUAAUGAGACUCAUUCAAAGAGAUUAUGAAAUUGAAGAUCCAAAGAAAAAACCAAUUAAAGUUACACAAACUCCCUACUCUCAUCGAUCAACAAAGGCAUACAGGGGGCAGCAAUAUCAGAGAUUUUACUGUCAACAUGAUUAUUUCCGCAUCAACUGGCUGGUAUCUGCUUGUCUUGACAGUGAGAAGAAGCUCAAAAUGAGUGAAGCUGUCCAAAAGUUGGAAAGCUUGCUACUCUUUUCCCUUCCAGUCGGGAAAAAAUGCGAAAAUGUGUUUGUUAAUGGAUGUAAGUUGGUAUACUUUUCGUAUGAUGACCUCUGCGACUUAACAGACGGUUUUAGUAGAGAAAAUUUGUUUGCAAAAGUGCAAUUGGGAGAGGCAUAUAGGGGAAAGAUUCAGCAAGGUUGGAGAGGAAUGGAAGCUCAAGAUGUCAUAGUCAAGAUGUGGGGGAAUUUCAGACGUCGAUAUACUACGAUGGAUGAUGUGUUGGAUGAUAUUUGCAGACUGAGGGAUGAGGUUUUUCUGUUGACAAAUCAAUGGAUGAUCGAUCACAAAAAUACAGUGAAGUUACUGGGAUACUGCUUUGAUGAAAAGAUUGUGGGAGCUGUGUACCUCUUGAAACCAAUUGAUACAUUAAAAAACCUUUUUGAUACUGAUAAGCUUGAGUGGAAAGAUAGAAUAAAGGUUGCACUGGAAAUAGCUCGUCUUCUUGAGUUUUUGCAUGGCAAGGAACCACAGUGUGUAGUCAGUAACUUGUCCCCGGCUCAUAUAGCAAUUGAUCAGGAGUGGAAGCCAGUUCUUUAUGAUUUUUCAAUGAUAAAGGGCCCAGUUUUCCCCGCAAACAGGGUUGUGAGCAAUGUGAAGUUAUCUGGUGUACCUCGCUACACUGACCCAUUUUAUAUUAUUACUGCUUGUGUUCAGGUCCCUCAUUCAGAUAUCUAUGCUUUUGGUCUGCUGCUUAUGUCGCUAAUAUGCAAAUGUGAUAUGGCUCAAACAAUUUGGGAGUUGAGGUCCAAAGAUAGAGACUUCAAGAUAAAAUUUCCACAUGCUCAUGAAAGCUUUCUGAAACAUUCGUCCUUUGACCAAAAUGAUGGCCACAAACUGUCUGUGCUGGCUGUUGAAUGUCUUGGACAAGAUUGUAUAAAAACUCGCCCUAAAGCAACUGCUGUCGUCGAGAAGUUAUUGAGUCUGUCUGUUAUUUCUGGUUCUCACAAGUCUACUACUGUUGAUGUUGAGGCCAAGAUAAUCAAGCCAGAUGUCAAUAAUAAGAAGAGAUCAUGGAGGAAAAUGUUUUCGGCUUUUAAAAGGUCCUCUUUGGCUGCAUCUGAUAAGAAGAAGAUGACGGGGGCAAAGAUUGAGCAAGAUGAAAGGCGUUGUGUGUCCUGGAAUGAAAUUCUAAUGAAUUUUGAGAUGCUAGAGAUGCUAGAAAUUCCAUAUCCAAAAUUUGAAUCUGGUGUCGAUCAGGAGUUGAGCAGUUUGGAAAGAUGCGUUGUUGUAAGAAACUAAGAACUACGGAGCAAAGGAGAAAAAUGAGCCCGACAUUCCAAUUUGUAAAUAGAGCGAUUUUCUUCAAUAUUGCUUAAAGAUUCAAUAAUUCCAAAAUACGUUACUUUCUAACUUAA